UGCGUAACAUAAGGGAGCACGCACAGGAUUACCGAGUGAACCUGCAGAACCUGCGCCGCUACUACAACCAGAGGGAGGGAGGUGCGUGAAGUGGUUCCCCAGGGUCACAAAUCACGUCCACGGACCAGAGUGGGGAGGAGGAGAGCCACAGUCACCUGCGGGUCUCACUGGGGACACCGGGCAAGGGGAAGCCUCCCGAGGCUGAAGGAGCUACUUUUGGUUCCAUCCCGGGUGGCGGGCAGGUCACGGAAUCAGCUCCUGGUGGGGAAAGUCUGACUGUACUGACCCCAGGGCUGGGGGCGGGGCAAGGGUCCACACAAUCCAGUUCAUGUACGGCUGCGAGGUUUCCCCCGACCUCACCUUCAAGCGCGGGUUUGAACAAAAUGCCUACGACGGGCACGACUACAUCGCCCUGGACACGGAGACUUACACGUGGACGGCAUCGGUGCCCGAGGCUGUGAAUACCAAGCGCAAGUGGGAGGCCGAGAGAAGCAUCAUGGAAGGAGAGAAAGUCUAUCCGGAGGAGGAGUGCGUGCAGUGGGUGCACAAGUACCUGGAGAUCGGGAAGGAGGCUCUGAAGAGGAUAGACCCCCUCUUCUUUCCGAGGGACCCACACUGCCCCCGAUGGGGAGAUGACCCUUCGGUGCCGGGUCCAGGACUUUUACCCUGCGGAGAUCUCUCUGACUUGGCUGAGGGAUGGGGAGGAACAGCUCCAGGACACGGAGUUCAUUGAGACCAGGCCAGCAGGAGAUGGGACCUUCCAGAAGUGGGCAGCUGUGGGAAUCACCUCGGGCCAGGAAGGGAAAUAUACCUGCUGAGUUCA